AUGAAUUCUGCUAAUUGGGUACCUUCUGCGUCCAGAGGAGGGUUAAAAAUCAAAAAUCCCCUAAAAUUCUUCAAACUUGUUAAUGAGUUUAGCAUCCUAAUCAUAGUAAUGCUGAACCAAACAGAUGUGACACCACUCUCAUUCAUCCUUAAUGGGAUUCCAGGACUGGAGGAUAUGCAUCUCUGGAUUUCUUUUUCAUUCUGCACCAUGUAUGUUGUGGCCAUGGUAGGGAACUGUGGACUCCUCUACCUCAUUGGUUUUGAAGAUUCCCUGCACAGAUCCAUGUAUUACUUUUUAGGUAUGCUUUCAUUUACUGAUCUUGUCAUGUGCUCUAGUUCAAUCCCUAAAGCUCUUUGCAUCUUCUGGUUUCAUCUCAAAGAAAUCAGCUUUGAUGAAUGCCUGGUUCAGAUGUUCUUCAUUCACACUUUCACAGGAAUGGAAUCUGGGGUGCUUAUGCUUAUGGCCCUGGACCGCUAUGUAGCCAUCUGCUACCCUCUUCGCUAUUCAACUAUCCUCACGAAUUCUGUCAUAGCAAAGGUUGGUCUUGUCACUUUUCUAAGAGCAGUGCUGCUCAUCACUCCUUUGAUAUUCAUUACCAAACGGUUACCCUAUUGCAAAGGGAACAUAAUACAUCAUACCUAUUGUGACCAGCUGACCAUAGCCAAAAUAUCCUGUGGAAAUAUCAGGGUCAAUGUUAUCUAUGGUCUGACCAUCGCCUUUAUGAUCGGAGGAUUUGACAUCCUAUGCAUCACAGUUUCCUACACUAUGAUCCUUCGGGCAGUAAUCAAUCUCUCCUCAGCAGAUGCUAGGCAGAAGGCCUUCAGCACUUGCACUGCCCACAUAUGUGCCAUUGUGUUUUCCUAUAGUCCAGCUUUCUUCUGUUUCUUUUUUAACCGUUUUGGGAGCCACACAAUUCCUCCAUCUUGCCACAUAAUUGUGGCCAAUAUUUAUCUGCUCUUGCCUCCCACUAUGAACCCUAUUGUCUAUGGGGUAAAAACCAAGCAGAUAAGAGACUGUGUCAUAAAGAUUCUUUCAGGUUCUAAGGAAACCAAAUCCCACAGCACCUAA